AAAAUUGUUCAUUUUCAAUUUUGAUUAUCGUUCAAGUUAAUUAUGAUUUAGAGUUUUUGAUUGUUCUUUUUUUGAUUUUGUUUUAUUAAUUAUAUUCUAUUGAAUCUUGUGAUCACUUUGAUUGUUGAUUUUAAAUGGCCCAGUUUGAGAGAUCCGUUGAUGUUCAUGAUUCUGACGGUGAAGAUGAAUGUGACUGGACAAAAGAAGCUCAAUUUAUUGUUAAGGAGUUUGAAUCUGUUGUUAAUUAUAUUAGUGUUUCAACUAAAUUGGAUCAAAGUGAUCACCUAAUCUACUUUAAUUGUGAAACCAAAGAAGGUGAUAAAUAUUGUAUCGAGUUGACUGCUGCUGGAUUUAGAAUUGUAUCCAAUCUGUUUGAUACAAUUGACGAGGAUAAAAAAAUUGUCCAUGAGGAGGAAAAUGAUGAAGGACAAGAGAAAAUAUUAAAUUCAGUUUUCUAUGAAACUAUGAAUGCACUUCUCGAUAAGAUGAGUCCACUUUAUCGAAUUGCUUUCAGUAAUCAACUGAUUGAGAAGCUCAAUAGUCAUAUUAACCAGUGAUCAAAGGAACCAUGACAAAGUGUCAAAGUGUUAAUUUCCAAUCAAUUUUAUUCCAUGUCAACAAUUGUCAAAGUUAAAAACAUCGUCCAACAAAUUUUUUGAUUGUAAGAAAUCAACUAAUUGACAAAUUAAAAGUCUUACAAUGCUAA